AUGGUUACCGUGAAAGGGGAAAAUGGCGCUAGAGGCGGGUUGUUCUUGAAUGAUUCUAUUCAUUGGGUGGUUUAUAAUGUUGAGAUCUCAAAGUAUGUUAUAGUUGCCCUUGGUUUAAAGGAGAUGAAGAUAUCUGAGAUAGCUCGGCCCGAUGAUUCUGAUAUAGAAUUUGAUUUGUUGGUAGUUGGAGGACUAAUUAGUGCAUGGAUGAAAGACGUGGAUACAGUGAAGAUAUGGGUGAUGCAAAAAUAUGCAGUGCAAUCAUCUUGGACCAAGAUUAUUGAAUUUUCUGUUGAUCCUGUUUUGAACGAUUCUUUAUUUAUAGUAUGCGUAACAAAUUUUGGUGAUAUCAUUGGAAAAGAUGGUGAAGGUAGAUUGGUGAAGUUUAACGACAGAGGAGAGUUUCUAGAGCGUCCCUUCUGUCAUGACAAUUGCUCAGAAUCAUCCGAAUUUGUAGCGUAUACAGAGUCUCUUUUCUCACUCCCUGACACCAGUCAAGUUUAA